GCUGUUUUUAGCUGCUGGCGACAGAAUAUAAAUCUGCUUUCAGCUCAGAUAAUCACCUAAAUAAACUUCACUGUCCGGUGUGUGAUCAGUUGAUCAUGUUCCUGCAGUAUUAUCUGAACGAAAACGGCGACAGGGUUUAUACUCUGAAGAAAGUGGACUCGAGCGGUCAGCCCACCAGCUCGGCUCAUCCGGCACGCUUCUCACCGGACGACAAGUUCUCCAGACACCGAGUGACCAUCAAGAAGCGCUUCGGCCUGCUGCUGACCCAACAGCCACGACCCGUGCUCUGAGACCAUCAUCAUCAUAAUGAUGAAGACCCGUGCUCUGAGACGACCUGUUCCUCUCUAACAGACUGACUGACCAUCAGUGCACUUCACACAGCUCACUCCUCUCGACUGAAUCAUGUCAUGUUUACUCUCUCCUCUACAAACACACUGCUGACUCUGUUUAUUCUAAUAAAUACAUGUCAUAAAAU